GUGAGAUCACACACAGCGACUAUUUUAAGAGCCUCUCUCUCUCUCCUCUCUCUCUCUCUUCUUCGUUGAUUCUUCUUUCCAUAACAAAAUUCUGCUCCUCUCCACCACCAAAAAUCAAAAUCCCUUAUUUUCAGGGCUUAUUUUUUUUUUUGCGUAAUUUGAAGUCACAUCCUUCGAAUCUUUGAAAAAUUUUCUUUCUUUUCCAUCUGAGGUUUAAAUGAGUUUCUAGUUUUUGCUCCAAUUCAAUUUCAUUUUUCUAGAAUUUUGUGGGUUUUACUCAUUCCAACAUUUAAAAGGUUUUAUUUGGGUAUUUGUUUUCAAGAAACCUUUGAAGAAUUCCGUCUUUUCCCAUCUGGUUUACCCUUUCUUCCGACUAUAUAUAUAUACCAUGGAUUUGAAGAAAUUUCAAGAAUCAACCGAUGGUGAGACUGCUGCCAUGAAACCCGAAUCAAGAAGCGUUGGUUCUUCACCAAAAAAUUCGAGUGGUCAACUAAGUGGUUUAGGUUCAAAGUCGAAGGAAUUUGGUAAUAUGAAUAAUAAAGAAAUGUUUUUGAGGGCUGAUAAGAUUGAUUUCAAGAGCUGGGAUGUUCAAUUGGAUAAACAUUUGAGUAGGGUUUGGUCAAGAGAUAGAGAGAAAGAAGCAGCUCAUACUAAGAAAGAGGAAUGGGAAAUUGAUUUAGCUAAAUUGGAUAUAAGGAAUGUUAUCGCUCAUGGAACUUAUGGUACAGUAUACAGAGGUGUUUAUGAUGGUCAAGAUGUUGCAGUGAAGGUAUUGGACUGGGGAGAGGAUGGACUUGCUACUGCUGCUGAGACUGCGAAUCUUCGGACAUCUUUUCGACAAGAAGUUGCUGUUUGGCACAAACUUGACCACCCAAAUGUCACCAAGUUUGUUGGAGCUUCAAUGGGGACUUCAGAUCUUAAGAUCCCAACAAAUAACACUUCAAAUGCUGCUCAGAACUCUUUACCCUCAAGGGCUUGUUGUGUUGUGGUGGAGUAUCUUCCUGAUCUCUCUAGAGGUUUAAGCUACCUUCACACGAAGAAGAUUGUACACCGUGAUGUGAAAACUGAAAAUAUGCUGUUGGAUUUAAAUCGAACCCUAAAGAUUGCUGAUUUUGGAGUUGCUCGUGUUGAAGCUCAAAACCCUAGAGACAUGACUGGUGAAACAGGAACUCUGGGUUACAUGGCUCCAGAGGUUCUUGAUGGAAAGCCCUACAAUCGGAAAUGUGAUGUGUAUAGUUUUGGGAUUUGCUUAUGGGAAAUUUAUUGCUGUGACAUGCCCUAUGCUGACCUUAGUUUUGCUGAAGUAUCCUCUGCAGUUGUUCGUCAGAAUCUACGACCCGACAUUCCAAAAUGUUGCCCGAGUGCAUUUUGCAAGCAUUUUGAAAAAAUGUUGGGAUGCGAACCCAGACAAGAGACCCGAAAUGGAUGAGGUGGUGAGGCUUUUAGAGGCGAUUGAUACAAGUAAAGGCGGUGGAAUGAUCCCCGAAGAUCAAGCCUCUGGUUGUCUUUGUUUUGCCAAAACCCGUGGCCCGUGAUUUAUCGUUUUUCCUCAUCAUUUUGCAUAAGUUUACGAGUACGUAAACAGACACAAAAAUUUUGUCACGUUGUCAUUUAAAUGGUAAAGACAAGCAUGUUGGGGGUGGUGGUUAUAUAUGCCUUAUUUGGUUGUUUGCUAUAUAAAUAUUAUAACAAUUACUGUUUAUAUAUGUUUUUUUUUGUGAUAUAAAUUUUAUGAAAUAAUUCGCUGGGGGUAG